AUGGGUGUAUCAGAAUCCUUGAUCUUUCCUAUCUACAAAAAAGGAAGUACAACAGAUCCGGCAAAUUAUAGGGGCAUAUCCUUUUUGAACGCUUCAUAUCAGAUUUUUACAACCGUCCUGCAGCAUCGUCUCAAUGUAUGGAUCAGGAACAAUAAUCUAAUUGGGGAGUGUCAAGCUGGUUUCAGAUCAGGCUAUUCUACAGUUGACCACAUUUUCGUCUUGAGAAGUAUUGCAGAAUCAUUUAUGAAUAAAGGAGCAAAAUUAUAUGCAUUAUUUGUUGACUUUAAGUCAGCAUUUGAUUCGUUGUUUGCCUUCUUUAUUGAAGAUCUCGUAGAAUGCCUACCUUGUGGUAUUGAGUACGCCGGAAAAGCUAUCAAAGCACUGAUGCUCGCCGACGAUAUUGUCAUUCUCGCAUACUCGCCAGAAUCUCUCCAAUUAAUGAUAAACCGCUUGUGUGACUUCGGCAAAAUAUGGAACUUAACUGUGAAUUUAGAAAAGUCAAAAGUCAUGAUAUUCAGGAAAGGGGCCGGGCGUAACCGUAACAGUCAGAAAUGGUGGUAUAAUGGAGAGACAAUCGAAGUUGUCAACGAGUACAGGUACCUAGGGAUACUAAUGACUAAGAACCUGAAUAUGGAGAACCACUUUAAGGAUAAGCUUGCAAAGGCUAAGACCGCAAUCGCUGCCACGUGGAACAGGUGUUUUUCGAACAAAAAUAUUAGACAUAGUGCCAAAUUUCGAGUUUUUGAAGCAGUUUCAGAAGCCAUCAUGUUAUAUUCGGCUCAGUUGUGA